UUUAGUUGCCGUAUUAGGUAACGGACGUUUAUGAUUAUCUCCCGUAAUCGCACUUAAUUUUUCUUAAAUAUUUCGGUUUUUUUUUUGGAAAUUCAAAAUUUCCCUCUUCAACCUCUCUCUCCCUCUCUCCCUCCCUGUAUUUCACAUAACUUCUCCGUGUUUCCAUAUUUACAGUUCAAGAACAUCCGAAUCCUGAAGCGGCACUUGUCGACGAAAAACUAUUAUGGAAGUUUCAGAGAAAAGAACGAAGCUUGAUUGUUUUCUGGGGAUGGAGAACGAGAAUUCUCAGUGUAUGAAUAAAGCGGCUGGCACUAAUUGGCAAACCCAAGGUGAAUCUUUAUCAUCCGAUUCCAGUUAUAAUCUGCGUAAGACUAUGGCUUGGGACAGUGCCUUCUUCACCAGUCCAGGAGUUCUGGAUCCUGAAGAGUUGUUUGCAACUCUCAACUUCGCAGAGAAAAAAUCUUCACCUCUUGAUUCAUCGGAUAUAGAGAAUAUAAGUACAAUUGGCGGGUCGAAUGCACGGAGAAGUUUGGCUUGGGAUAGUGCCUUCUUUACCAGUGCAGGGGUUCUGGAUCAAGAAGAGUUGUCUUUGGUGAAUAGAGGAUUUAAUAAAUGUGAAUCUCACCAUCUUCCUGGUAUCAAAGAAGUUUGGAGAUCUGCUGACUCAAACUCCACCAUAGACAGUGAUGACUUUUCUCUAUCUAGCCUUGAGAUUGAUAUAUUUGGUGAUUUGAGGGCAUCAAUGCAUCAAGCACGUAAAGUCUCCGAAAGUUCGAUUCUGGGUUCCAAGUUGGGAAGAACAGCUCCAAAAUUAUCGCAGACUUCCUCUCAAGUAAGGGUGAAACCAAUGCAACCUUCAAGAAGGCAAGGUAUUAGGACUCAUGGAUUGGAUAUCUCAAAGGAGGCUCCUCUUCCUCCACGAGGACGGACAAAGCUCGGUACGCAAACUGGAGAAUCAAACAUGUUGAGAUCUCUUAGGUCUCCGAAAGUCAUAGGCCGUACUACCUCACCGCUCACAACUUCCACCAGCCGUCCUUACUUCAGCGCAAACCAAUUGAAAAUGGAAACUAAAGCCAAAAAAGACUCAGCAGGGGAAUGUAUGAGUUCAACUGUAUUUCCUAAAUCACCUUCUAUGGUUUCGCCAACUGCCACAAAUAAUUAUGCAGUAUUUACAAGUCCUUCACCCAAUUCCAAUGAUAAAGCUCAAUCAAACACUAUGAGAAAAGUUAAUUCCAGACUUGCUGUUUCCAGUUCAAACUCCAGAACUCCUUUAAGUUAUGCCAGGAACAGAAGUGGCUUAGUAAGUUCUAGUCUCCCAAAUCAUGUAUUAUCCACUCCCAAGUCUUCCUCCUCUAUAUCACCUGCUGCCUCACGUGACGGAUGGUCUUCAGAAUCAUCAUCAUCUGUCAAACGAAAAUCUGUUGAUUCUUCUGCAAGACUGGAUACCAUUCCUUGUGGAUUGCUUCAUUUCGACAACGAUUCCUCUCAAUUGUUAGAUUCCGCUUAUCAUCGAGGAACAAGGUCCCCUCGAAAUGCCAAACCUUCAUGCCUUCGGAAGCCAUCCCCAAAAAUUGGAUUUUUUGACGAGGAACAAUAUACUGCCUUAGAAUUGAAAGGAUAUCGCAAUUUCCACCCCAGUAUUCGAAGUUCUAGAACUGAAAAUGGUACCAGUAACCUCAAUGGUGAGUGCAGUAAAACAAGAUUUGGCAAACAGCAAUUAUCUGGAUCUUCAGUUGGGAACAUGAAGCCAGGUUCAUGGCAAAGUGGGGUCUUAUGUCCUUCAGUGAUCAGGACUGCACAUGGUGCAGAUAGUGCAUUUCGGGUUUUGAGCAGCAGAGAUUGUUUGAAGCCUCAUGGUGUAGGAGCUACUUGUGAUGUUGAAAGAAAGGGAACCCUUGCAUCAAGGAAGAGGAAUAAGACCAGCAAACAAUCUUCAAAAGAGCCUGAAGAGGCCCGUGAUAGUGACAAGGAGAAUAUAGUUCCUUUGGAAAAUCUAGUUGAAGACUUGAGUAGGCAUAUACAGGCCAUUGACUUAAGGCAAGGAUUUGGGUAGAGACCUAAAGGGUAAGAGUUCUUCCCAAAUUUGCACAGCUAGAUCUAAAAAAUCCCUUGCUCCUGUAUCUUCAUCUUUCUCAGACACUUUCCUUCCUCGUGACAAGAAAAUUAUAACAGAUCUUUAUAAUGAUCCUGUCCUGCUGAGAUUAUGAGGAUCAUGCAGAUAUUUUAACUAUUUCUUGCUGAAUAGCACAGAGAAAGCUUGCAGGCCAAGUCAAAUCCAGCAGCAUCAUUUUUGAAUUUUGAGUUAUAUGUGCAUUUCAUAUCCUGAAAAUGUAAACAGUUGCUUGCAGUUUGUAAAGAAUGCUAUUGGCUCCACUACUGGGAAAAUGAGUAUAGCAUUUUAUGAGAA